AUGGCGGCACAGCCUGUGCCUCAUCAGUCGACGGAUAAGAAGCGUGUCAAAGUCUAUGAGCUUCGCAACAAUGACUGGUUCGACCGAGGCACCGGCUUCUGUACAGCCGCCAUACACGUUGACGGUGACCAGAGAGAACCUAGAGUGACGGUCGAGUCCGAAGAUCCACCUCACCGCAUAUUACUGGAGACACGAGUCGCCAAAGGGGAUUCAUUUCACAAACAGCAGGAAACCCUGAUCGUAUGGACCGAGCCUAGUAAUGGUGUAGACAUGGCCCUCAGCUUCCAGGAGGCUGAGGGCUGUACAAUGAUAUGGCGCUUCAUCAACCAGAUUCAGGCGCCCUAUCGCGCCCUCAGCGGUGCCGACGACAGCUUCUCCGACGACCUUGCCAUGGACGCGCCUAAUCCAAUAACCUUACCGGAGCCAAAUCUACGCAAUCUCCCCGAAAUCGAGACACAACUACGCAUGAUGAGUAACACUGCGAGUGGCCGCGAUGCUCUGACGAAAUACGUGUUGACUGAGCAGCUGAUUGGAAAGCUGUGCCCGCUUGUGUCGGACGCUGAAGAUAUGGAAAGCCUGAAUGACCUACAUCGCCUGUGCAACAUCAUGAAGAUCAUCAUUCUGCUGAAUGACACCAAUAUCAUUGAGCAUGCCGUAUCCGACGAAUGUGUUAUUGGUGUCGUCGGAGCGUUGGAAUACGACCCGGACUUUCCAAGUCACAAAGCCAAUCAUCGUCAGUGGCUCGAGGAUAAGAGCCGCUUCAAAGAAGUUGUCAAGAUUGAGGACGCCCAGAUCCAGAAGAAGAUCCACCAGACCUAUCGCUUGCAAUAUCUCAAGGAUGUCGUCUUGGCCCGUAUCCUGGAUGAUAACACCUUCUCGGUACUAAACUCGCUGAUAUUCUUUAACCAAGUGGAUAUUGUACAGCACAUUCAAGCAAACUCAAAUUUCUUGAUGGAACUGUUUGACAUUUUCAAGCAAGUGGGCGAGGAUAACAGGAGGAAAAAAGACGCGGUACUUUUCAUUCAGCAAUGCUGCACCGUGGCAAAAAAUCUUCAACCACCGGCUCGGCAAACGUUGUAUAACAACUUUCUUGUUCACGGACUCUUGCCUGUCAUCAAUUACGGCCUGCGGCACGCGGAUACUGCAGUCCGCGUCGGAGCUACUGAUAUUAUGGUGUGCAUGAUAGACCACGACCCUCAAAUGAUACGCCAGACCAUCUAUCGACAGCUCAGCGAGAAUCAGCCACCGCUUACUGACUCUCUGAUUGAUCUCCUCUUGGUAGAAGUGGACUUGGGCGUAAAGUCCCAGGUGUCCGAUGCGCUCAAGGUGUUACUCGACCAAGGUCCGCUGCUUCAGGAGCAAGCAUUUGCAAAGGCAAACGGUGAUUACGCAGCGCGCGCUGCCCAGGCAAGGCUACAAGCGGCCAUUGAUCCCCAGCAGGAGAGGUUUCUCGAGUCUUUCUACGAGAAAUCUGCGCUGCGGCUCUUUGCGCCAUUGAUGGCUCUUGAGGGCCGAACCAGUAUGGACUUCACAGUCCAGCAAGCCUCCAUGUUCACCUAUCUCAUCGAGAUCCUAUGCUUCUUUAUUCGGCAGCAUCACCACCGCAGCAAGUACUUUGUCCUAGAGCACAACAUUGUGAGGCACAUUGAGAAGCUUUUGAAAUCUUCGGAAAAGUUCAUAAAGCUCGUUGCCAUUAGGUUCCUACGUCAACUCAUCGGCAUCCAGGAUGAGUUUUACAUCAAGCAAAUCACUCAAGGCUCCGUCGUUACCAGCAUUCUCGAUGUGUUGUUUGCUACUAUGCCUCGGGACAAUCUGCUGACAUCUGCAUGUCUUGAAUUCUUUGAACACAUUAAGAAGGAAGGUCUUCAAGAUCUCAUUAAGCAUGUAGUGGAAGAGUUCCGUGAGAGAAUCGAAAAGCUUGCUUACAUGGAACCCUUCAAGGGGAUACUCACCAAGUACGAAAUAACGAAAGGCUUUACGGCGCCACCACCGGACACCUCAUUUGAGCCGGAGGAAGAGUCCAGACGGGCUAGGCAGGGGCAGGUCAUGAACCCAAGGACUGGCAUCAUGGAGCAGCUUGCAGUAGAUCAGAACGAUGACGAAUACUGGAACACUUCCGACGAGGAGGAUGAGCUCCAGGCCAGAAUUUCCAAUGGCGCACCAACAACGGCUAAUGGCAAUUUACCGGCUGCUAAACUGGUUGAUUACGCAUCUGAUGAGGAUAUCGACGAGAGUAUUGAAGAGGGCGAUCUGGUCAGCGAUAGCCAAGGCAAUGACGAGAAGACGGACGAUGAAGAAUCCAAGGGCCUGGGAUCUUUGCCGAGCCCGCCCGAAAGGCUCUCCGAGAAGCGCCGCAGAGAAGAGGACGAAGAGGACGAGAUCGGAAAACUUGUGGCUCACAAGAGACGCAACAGUACAUCGGCUAGUUCCAAUGCCUCGAGUACAUCCGGCAUUCUCGGGAAGAAGAAGCGUCUUUCGGGCGCCCGGGAUGCUGGUGGUGGACCCAAGAAGAUUGCAAUCAGUUUAUCUUCCUCACCAAAAAGUGCGCCCGAGUCGGCCACAUCUGAUGACGAAGGAACACCAUGA